CAACUGCCUGUUAAGUGCGAGCUGCAUCGACUGAGCAGAAUAAUCCCCACACAACGAUGAAUGGAAAUUUGAAGUAGGCAGGAACAGAUCUGCAACGGACUAGACUGCGUGGUCGGAUAAAAAUGAUUUCAUCAAACCAUGGGUUUUCUGCUCGAGAUGGAGGAACCAGAGGAGCCAAAGAAGAUGCUUUCUAAUUGAGACGAAACAUAUGAUUAACCUCACUAUAUUUUUAAGUAGGCUACUUUAGAACAAGUUUAAAUGGAGACAAACUUUUGAUGAAUAACUGGAUAUUGGCCAGGUUGUGGGGAAAUUUCCGAAUUAUAGAGGAAACAGUGAACGAACAGGUUUUUUUUAAACACUAAAAGGGAUCCUGCCUUUCUCAGAAUGGGGAAUAUUGAGAGCACUGACGAACAGCCAGAAACGAAGCCGCAUAUCAUGCCAUUAAAAGUGCCAAUGCCCGACUCGAACGAACUGGAGGAGAGGUUUGCUCUAGUUUUGAGCUCCAUGAACCUGCCCCCUGACAAGGCCCGGCUGCUGCGCCAGUACGACAGCGAGAAGAAGUGGGACCUGAUCUGCGACCAGGAGCGGUUUCAGGUGAAGAACCCCCCACACACCUACAUUCAGAAGUUAAGAGGGUAUGUGGACCCCACAGUUACUCGAAAGAAGUUCAGACGGCGUGUUCAGGAGUCCACCAAAGUUCUGCGGGAGCUGGAAAUUUCCCUGAGGACCAAUCACAUCGGGUGGGUUCGGGAGUUCCUCAAUGACGAGAACAGAGGGCUGGAUGUCCUGGUGGAGUACCUUUCCUUCGCCCAGUGCGCUGUCAUGUUGGAUUUUGAGGGGCAGGAGAGUGGGGAGGAGGGGGCUCUGGACAAGGCGAAGUCGUGGAGCAGGUCCAUCGAGGAUCUGCACCAGUGCGCCGGGCAGCCUUUCCUCAGCGCGCUGGCUCAGUCCGCGCGUCAGUCCGCCCACCGCUACAACACUUUCACCAGCAGCAAAACCCUCAAGAACUCCCGUCUGGUCAGCCAGAAGGACGACGUGCACGUCUGCAUCAUGUGUCUCCGCGCAGUGAUGAACUAUCAGUACGGCUUCAACAUGGUCAUGUCACACGCUCACGCCGUCAACGAAAUUGCCCUUAGUUUGAACAAUAAAAGCUCCAGGACUAAAGCCCUUGUCCUGGAGCUUCUGGCCGCAGUGUGCCUAGUGAGGGGGGGCCACGAGAUUAUCCUGUCUGCCUUCGACAACUUCAAAGAGGUGUGCAAGGAGAAGCACCGCUUCGAGAAACUGAUGGAGUACUUCCGCGGCGAAGACGGGAACAUCGAUUUCAUGGUGGCCUGCAUGCAGUUCAUCAACAUCGUGGUCCACUCGGUGGAGGACAUGAACUUCCGCGUGCACCUGCAGUACGAGUUCACCAAGCUGGGGCUGGACGACUUCCUGGAGAAGUCCAGACACACGGAGAGCGAUAAGCUCGCGGUGCAGAUCCAGGCGUACCUGGACAACGUGUUCGACGUCGGGGGGCUGCUGGAGGACGCAGAGACCAAGAACGUGGCCCUGGAGAAGGUGGAGGAGCUGGAGGACCAUCUGUCUCACGUGACGGAGAAGCUGCUGGAGGUGGAGAAUGAGACCAUGACGAAGGUGGCCGAGCUGGAGAAGCAGCUCCUACAGAAAGACAAGGACCUGGUGGCCAUAAAGGAGACGUACGAGUCGACCAGCUCGCAGGUGAACACGCUGCGGCGGAUGAUCGAGGAGAAGGACGCGGCGUUCCGGCGGCGGGCCGACCUGGAGAAGCGGCUGCGGGAGCUGGAGCAGCAGGGGAGCGUUGGCGUGCUGAGGGGGGGCGGCUGCGAGGCCCUGGGGGGCGGCGGCGGCGGCGGCGGCGCCGUGUGCGGGACUGUGGGAGGAGUCACAGGAGCACCAGAGCUGCUUGGGCCGGAGGGGCUCGGGGCGGACCCCUCCGCGGACCUGGAGCCCCCGCCUCCGCCGCCUCCACCGCCCCCUCCACCCCCGCCCUUACCCUCUAGCUCAGGGGAGUUCAUGCCAGCUCCGCCCCCUCCACCCCUGGCCCCACCUCUGCCAGGAACAUCCCCGUCUGUCAUUCUCAGCGUUGGCCUAUCAGCCAUCAGGAUUAAGAAGCCGAUAAAGACUAAAUUCCGGCUGCCGGUGUUCAACUGGACCGCGCUCAAGCCCAACCAGAUCAACGGGACCGUGUUCAACGAGAUCGACGACGAGCGAGUCCUGGAGGAGCUGGACCUGGAGAAGUUUGAGGAGCUCUUUAAGACCAGAGCCCAGGGCCCGGUCAUUGACCUGUCCGGCCCCAAAACCAAGGCCCUGCAGAAGGCAGCCAACAAGGUGACCCUGCUGGACAUCAACCGCUCCAAGAACCUAGCCAUCACCCUGCGCAAGGCCGGCAAGAGCACCGAGGAGAUCUGCAGAGCCAUUCAGACGUUCGACCUGAAGGCGCUGCCGGUGGACUUUGUGGAGUGCCUGAUGCGCUUCCUGCCCACGGAGGCGGAGAGCAAGCUGCUGCGGGGGUACGAGCGGGAGCGGCGGCCGCUGGACCAGCUGGCCGAGGAGGACCGCUUCAUGCUGCUCUUCAACAAGAUCGAGCGCCUCACCCAGCGCAUGAGCAUCAUCACCUUCGUGGGCAACUUCACCGACAACGUCACCCUCCUCACACCGCAACUCAACGCCAUCAUCGCGGCCUCGGCCUCCGUGAAGUCCUCGCCGAAGUUAAAAAGGAUGCUGGAGAUUAUUUUAGCCUUGGGAAACUACAUGAACAGCAGUCGAAGAGGAUCUGUCUACGGGUUCAAACUGCAAAGCCUCGAUCUGCUGUUGGACACAAAGUCGACGGACCGGAAGAUGACCCUGCUGCAUUACAUCGCCCUGAUCGUGAAGGAGAAGUACCCGGAGCUGGCGAACUUCCACAACGAGCUGAACUUCAUCGACAAGGCGGCCGCAGUGUCUCUGGAGAACGUGCUGCUGGACGUGCGGGACCUGGGCAGGGGGAUGGACCUGGUCCGCAGGGAGUGCGGCCUGCACGACCACGCUGUCCUCAAGGGCUUCCUCCACACCAGCGACCCGCAGCUGGACAAACUGCAGAGGGAUGCCAAGACUGCUGAGGAGGCCUUCGGCAACGUUGUGCACUACUUUGGGGAGACCCCCAAGACCACCCCUCCAUCUGUCUUCUUCCCCGUGUUGGUGCGCUUCGUCAAAGCGUACAAGGAUGCAGUGGAGGAGAACGAGCAGAAGAAAAAACAAGAGCAGGCGCUGAGGGAGAAGCUCCUUGCUCAGGAGGCCAAACAGCAAGACCCUAAGGCGCAGGCCCAGACGCAGAAGAAGAGGCAGCAGCAGCAGGACCUGAUCGCAGAGCUGCGCAGACGGCAGGCCAAGGACCACCGGCCCGUCUACGAGGGCAAAGACGGCACCAUCGAGGACAUCAUCACAGAUCUCCGAAACCAGCCCUUCCGCCGAGCCGACGCUGUGAUCAGAAGCGGGUGGAAGAGGCCGUGAGGGAGAACCGAACCACCCCCACCCCCACACCGCCCUCCUGAGGCAAUUCUAAAUGCAGCUCCGCCCAUUUGCGUAUGAAAAGGCGGAUGGUCUUUCAGUCUCAAUAUGGCCUCCGCGGUCCACCGGUGCGUCGACUGUCUGUCGGACUCACGAAGUCAGGAAUGUUUUACUAUGUUUUUUAUUUAUUUUUUUGGGACGCUGCACUGGGGGGCUCACCACCAUCUUGUCCUCCAUGCACAGAAACACAAGCCAGGCCUAUUUCCAGUCUGUAACAGACAGUACAUUAGGGCUCCAUUGGCAUUAGCUAAACCUGGACCACUAACAGAAGGCAAAUUGCAUUCACUAGGCUGGCCAGUGCUAGCCCAGAAUGGAACUUUCCAUUAAGUGUGUAUUGUAAUAUUUUAAUGUGUAUGUUUUAUAUUCCAAGCGUUGUGCAAUCAACAGCAGGAUUCUAAUUACGGAACAGCUGCAGCUGUGUGUUGCUGCUGCUCCUUUUGCAGUUGCUAAAAGAAUACAACGGUUGCGUCCUGAAAAGAGAACUAUAGCAGACAACUGCCAGUGUUCUCAUUAUUGUCAUUAUUUGUUUUUAACCAAAAGCUAGCCAAACCAAAACUGCUCUUACCUCUGGACCUCUGGCCAUCUUAAAAAGUGCCUGUUUCAACAGUAUUAUUUUUAAAAAUGAUUUUAUGUAAUAUGUACCUUGUAUCAUUUAAAUAUUUUUAUACUAUAUUUUUUUGCUUGAUAACAUUUUGGAAAGCUGUAAAUAGUUGGCUACUGUUAAAAAUCUUUAAUGUUUUUUUUUUUUUUUUUAAUGUGCAUCUAAUGAAGUUUUAACCAUAAGUGAUGCAAUGGUUUUUGAGGCCCGGGGAAUAGCACAGAGUAUAGUUUGUACAAUAUAUUAAUCUGCAUAAUCUCUGCUCAAUUAAUUAUCUUGUUUGUGACGUAGAAUAAUUGAAAUGGGUUCGCCUGUCCCGAAUGGACCACAAGCGCCGCCUCAGAAUGCGUGAGCCUCAUGGUUUAUCGUUGAGUUGCUGCCAGCACGAAAACUACCAAAAUGCUUUGUGGAAAGAGCAAAUAUUUCCGUUGUGCUAGUCCUGUAUAGGUCACUUUGUUGGCUUCCCUCUAACCUUUGGCUCGUAACAAAAAAAAAUGAUUUUGAUGUGCCGAAGGGGAGCGCUAUUUAUCGAGCGCCGAGAAGCUGACUCCAGCUGUCAAUCACCUGCCGAACCUCAGGCCACUGCCAGCUGCGGAUGCGCCAGGUUGGCAUGCAGAUUUCACGUGAUGUCAUGCAGUCCUACUCAAGUUGUUCUAUUCAGUUCAUUUCAUUGCUUAAACGGGAAAGAAUGUUUCUCCUCUAGCGCAGGUCCCCCGAACCCUGGCUGUGGAGGGCCGCAGGAUCUGCCGGCUUUUGUUCUCACCCUAAAAUCAGCAGGGAUUGCAGAUCCGAUAGGAUGUCAGUUACAGUAACUGUUUUAAGUGACCUAUUUAAGUUGUGAGAAUGAACAAAAACAAGAAGGCCCUGUGGCUCUCCAAGUCCAGGGCAACGACCCCUGAUCCUGUGGCAAAGAGUAACCAUACGGAUUCAGCAACCAUAACCCCUGUGUAUUUCUGCAUUCCAGUGUAGUAAUAUACUAUAUCAUUACACUUCUUUUAUGCCCAUAAUUUAUCCUUUAUAAACACUACUCUUUCAGAAUUACAAGAUAAAUUAUGCUUACCUUUUUCCUUUUCUUGUAAUAAAAAGUCAGUAAUGCAGAGAAUUGACCUGAAUUCUUGAUAACUUCUGCCAAGUAAUAGAUGAUACAUUUUGCAAACUGUGACUCCAUCCUUACUGAUAAAAUACCCAAUAAAAAACUGGACCAGAAAUGGAAAA